CCCAUCUCCGUCUUGAUGCUUUCCUUUGUUGUCUUCCCAGCGUCCACAGUGGAAUCCUCGGAGCUCAGUCUAAUAUAUACUGUGAAGAGUUCAACUGCAAAGGUCCAUUGCCAUCCAUGAUGUCUCUAUCUCUGCCAAUACACCAUCUCCUCCUCCCAAAACCCAGACUUGUUUGGAAGCCAUCAUCCAAAGUGUGUUUGGGUUUUGGAUUGAUUGCUGGGAAAAGAGCGAGUUUUCAAGUAAAGUUUGCUAAGAGAUCAGAAGAUAGGAUCAGGGAGGCAUUGGCAAGAACACCAAAGGUUGAGCUUUCUGUUUCUUCUUAUGACACGGCAUGGGUGGCCAUGGUGCCAUCUCCGGAAUUUUCAGAGUUUCCAUGCUUUCCGAAGUUUGUUGAUUGGAUUUUGGAAAAUCAACAACCAGAUGGCUCUUGGGGCCUUUAUCAUCUUCAUCCCAUGCUUAUCAAAGAUGCUCUUUUGUCCACCUUGGCCUGUAUACUUGCUCUCAAGCGGUGGAAUGCCGGUGAAGAGCACAUCAAAAGAGGGUUGUGUUUUAUUGGAUCCAAUUUUGUAUUGGCUAUUGAUGAGCAUUUGAUUUCUCCUGUUGGCUUUAAUAUUAUAUUUCCCGGUUUGGUUGAAUAUGCCAUUGAUAUGGAGUUGAAGCUCCCUGUCAAACAAAGUGACAUAGAUGCUGUUCUUUACCUCAGAAAUUCAGAACUAGAAAGAAGUAGACACACUCGAGAAGGGAAGAAAGCCUAUCUGGCAUAUGUUGCAGAAGGGGUGGGAAAGUUACUGGAUUGGCAAGAAAUUAUGAAGUAUCAAAAGAGCAAUGGAUCACUUUUUAACUCACCGUCAACUACUGCUGCUGCUAUGAUAUACUCUCAGAAUGCGAAAGCUCUAGAAUACUUGCGCUCACUUGAACAGAAGUUUGGUGAUUCAGUUCCUACAUUACAUCCUGUCAGCAUGCAUGGCCAACUAUGCAUGAUAGACAAUUUUGAGAAGUUUGGAAUCUCUCAACAUUUUAGAUAUGAAAUAAAGAGCAUUUUGGACCAAACAUACAGAUGUUGGGUGCAGAAGGUUGAGGAAUUGAUGUCCAACAUUAGCACUUGUGCACUUGCGUUUCGUCUUCUACGAAUGAAUGGAUAUGAUGUCUCUUCUGAGUAUUUAGCCCAAUAUGAUGAAAAAAGCACUUUUGAUAAUUCAAUGGAAGGAUACCUGAAAGAUGUGAAUGCUGUUUUAGAACUAUAUAAGGCUUCACAGGUCAAAAUUUUUGCAGAAGAAAAAGUUCUUGAUAAACUGAAAUCCUGGACAAGCCAUUUUUUAAGAGAGGAACUCUCCACUUAUAUGACAAAUGAUCACCGAAAUGUUUUCAAGGAGGUUGAUUAUGCUCUUAAGUUUCCCUUCUAUGCUAAUUUGGAUCGUCUAGAGCACAAGAAAAAUAUUGAGCAGUGUUAUAUUGAAGACUUUCAGAUUCUCAAAACUGCAUACAUUUCACAUGGAGUUGAUAAGAAAGACAUUUUAGAAUUGGCACUGGACGAAUUCCAAAUUUGUCGAUCCAUUUACCAGAAAGAAAUCAAAGAUCUUGAGAGGUGGGCCAAGGAAAAUAAGUUAGAUCAGCUAAAAUUCGCCCGGCAGAAAGUAGCAUACUGUUACCUCUCAGCUGCAGCCACAAUUUUCUCACCUGAAGCAUCUGAAGCUCGCAUGUCUUGGGCUAAAAAUGGAGUUCUAACCACUGUAGUGGAUGAUUUCUUUGACAUUGGAGGUUCUAGAGAAGAACUACAGAGUCUAAUUUUGUUAGUUGAAAAGUGGGAUGGAAAUCAUGAACAAAUACAUUGCUCUGAGCAAGUUAAUAUAAUCUUUUCUGCUCUCCGAAGCACAAUUAAUGACCUUGGAACAAAGGCAUCUACUUUACAGAACCGUAAUGUUACUGAUCAUAUGGUCAAAAUUUGGCUUAGUUUGGUGAACUCCAUGAUGGAAGAAGCAGAGUGGCUAAGGAACAAUGCAGUACCGACUUUGGAUGAAUACAUGGAAAAUGGAUAUGUAUCAUUUGCAUUAGGUCCCAUCAUUCUCCCUGCAUUAUAUUUUGUUGGUCCGAAGCUUUCAGAGGAUGUUGUCCAAGAUCCUGAGUAUCAAAAUUUAUACAGACUCGUGAGCACUUGCGGGCGACUCCUUAAUGACAUUCACAGUUUUGAGAGAGAAGGGAAGGAAGGAAAAUUGAACAGUGUAGCAUUGCGCAUCCUUCAUAGCAAUGGUUCUGUAUCAGAAGAAGAAGCUAAGCGAGAGACGAUGAAUCUCAUCAACUCGAUCCGGUGUGAGCUGCUAAGAAUGGUGUUGCAGAGCAAGUCAAGUGUUGUUCCAAGAACUUGCAAGGAAUUCUUUUGGAACAUGAGCAGAAUACUGCACUUGUUUUAUAUGAGAACUGAUGGAUUCUCAUCACCAAAAGAGAUGAUGAGUGCUGUGAAUGCUGUGAUUUAUGAACCUCUUGAUGUUAGCCAUCUCUUGUCAAAAAGUGCAUUGAAAUUAUGACUUGAUAUACAUCUUUUUUUGAGUGUAAAUUGUUAAUGAAUAAGUUUUCCUUGGUU